GGAGGAAGAUGACCCUGAGUGGAAAAUGGCGCCUCUGACGGACGGGGUGCUGCAGUAAGGGAGAAAUGGCGGCCCCGCCGAGGUGGCCGCAACCCGUGAAGGGACAACAACGACCCUGAAGGCAAAAAUGUCGGAGCCCCGCAGCGGCUCCGUGAGCGGGUCACGGCCGGCCCGGAACGGCGCAGCCCCGGAACCCGCGAGCGGCUCCGCGGGGCCCGGGCGGUGCCUGCGGCGCGCGCACCGUCCCGGCGCCUUCCUGCGGCCGCCGCUCCCGCUCCGCCGCCCCGGCCCGGCCAUGCCGCGCCUCCUCCUCCUCCUCUUCCUCCUCAUCCCGCACCUCGGCCGCGCCGCCUCGCCCAGCCCGGGAAACAGCACGGAGCCGCCGCGGGCGGCCACGCGGAACGAGACGCAGACGGAGUCGGAGCACGAGUCCGGGCCGAGGCUGUCGGUGGGCUCGGGGCUGCCGGUGCUGAGGCGGGCGGUUUAUGUGCUGAGCGUUGUGUCGGCGCUGGCUGCGCUUUAUUUCCUGCUGCGGGCGUUCCGCCCCAGGUCCGAGGGCGCCAGAAACGAGCCCAAAACUCAUUUCAGGUUGAAGAAGCCCCAGAGGAAGAAGUACGGGCUGCUGUCGAGCCAGGACGAGAACAUCGAGCUGGGCUCCCUCGACAGCGAUGAGGACACCGUGUUUGAAACCCGCAACCUGAGGCGAUGACUCGGGACCAGCAGCAUCGGCUGCCUGGAAUGAUGGAGGCUCCAAUCCCAGUGGAAUCUCCAGUGCUCAAGUUUUAUAUCUGCUUACAGUGACUUAAUUAACAAUUCGAGCCCUUCCAUAGCUGGGGCAGGGGAGAGGGGACCAAACCUGUUUAUUUCAUGUGUAUUUUUGGGGAUGUUUCUGGGGAAAGGUGGGAGCUGUUCACUGCACGGGGAAAGGCUGAGGUAAGGGAGAUGCUCCUGGAUGAUUUUCAGCCUGAAAUCUGAGCUCAAGAGCUGCUCCUGUGCCUCACAUCCCUCUCUCCUUGCCCUGGAAGCAUCACAUUCCUUUUCCAGGCUGAUCCCCUUUCCUUCACGCAGUAUCAGGUUACUUCUUUGGGAAGUGUCUCUGUAAUCAGCUCCUGGGAGGAGCUGGGAGAGCUCUGGGUGUCUGUUACACAAACAGGGGUGGGAGGGUGAUAAUCCAGACAGAAGAGCUUUGGGAAGGAGUUAAACGAGUACAAUUUUGCAGGAUUGGCAGUUACUGGGAUAAUCCAGGUCAUUCGUGGGUUUACAGAUGUGUUUACAAACAAAGGGGGCCACAACCCAAAGGAAUAUUUCUCCAAAAGAGCCACCAAAAGGGCUGGGAAUGCCUGGACUCUGCCCAGCCUCAGUUGUGAGGUCACCAGGGACACGUGUGACACCAGGGACACGUGUGACACCAAGGACACGUGUGACAUCUGCCAAGCUCUGGAUUUUGUGAUACCUGAGUUGGAGCUGGGUGUGAGCCAGGGAGUGUCUUGGAGCAGCAGAUGACUGGAAAAGGGGGAUCCCAACCCCUCUUGGCUGUGAUUCAGGACAGUCCUGGCUGUGUUAUCUCCUCUCCAGGACCCUGGAGUUUCACUCCCUUGGCUGAUACUCAACUGGGAUCUUUCCUACAGCCCAUUGUUAGGUGGAUAUUUAGGAUCUGAUUGUGUAGGACCGAAGGUGAAUGUGUCAGGAGGUUGUUGUUGGGUGGAUCUGCUGCUAAACCAGUGAAAACUUGGUGCCAAGUGCUGCUGUCCCUGGCCUUUCCUUGGAAACUGGCAGCACAUUCCCACUUCCCCCCAAGCUGGUAGUGCCUUUGUUUGGAAAACCUCAGGGACUUGCCCUGCGGGCAGGGAGGGUCCCUGUGGCACCUUUUAGGGUGAAUAUUUAGAAUAUUCACCUUUAGGGUGAAUAUUUAGAAUGUCUUUGGCUCCUUUCCCUUGGCUCAAAAAUCCCCUGUGGAUCAGGGGCAGGGAUGACACUUGGAGAAGGGGCAGGGAUGUGCUGAUCAGGGAGAGAGGCUGGGGGGAUCUCUGAGGUGCUGAGGGAGUGCUGGGAUCCUCUGCUUUGUCUCUUCAGGACAGGUGAGGUUUCCUGGGGAAAUCCCACCCCCAUGGCAGCUCUGUCUUGCAUGUGCACAAAGGAUUUUAAAACACACAUAUAUAUAUUUUUAAUAACAUUGCCGUGUGCACACAGUGCUUGGAUGUGCCCUGUUUUCCUGUCCUUUGGGUCGUUUCACGCUUGUUUUGGGUGUUCCCUUCUUGUUGUAGCUGCUGCAAACGGGGGCAGGCAGAGGUUCCAUGUGGGAAUUGCUGGGAUGGCUCCAGCUGAAGCUUCCCUGGGGAUAAUCUGUGAUCCAUGGUCAGGGAUCUCUCUCGAUCCUGCAGAGCUGCAUGUGCUGGUAAUUCCCUUUUAUUCCUUCUGCAAAGUUGUUCCUUGUGCUGUUGAAGCCAGAUGAGCCUGAUUUUCCCAAUCCACUGCCAUGCCCAGUGUUUGACCAACACAUUCCUCAUCCUUUCCUUUACCUGGAGUGAUGAACCUGAGCUCCCCUCUUGUUGGACAGGUGGGGUUUGCAAUUCUCAGGUUUCCUCACCUCGCAGGAGUGGAGCAUUUGUUUAAUGUUAAAUGAUUCGGAGCAGAGGGAACCUCAAGCAGUAGGUCCUGCCCUGAAAAUAAUUCUGCUGGAAUUAAUUUUGGCUGGAACAGAUGUUUGUGUUUGAGCAGGGAAAGGCGUGGAGCAGGCUGGGCUGUGCUCUGUAGGUACCAGGGAAGGAAAUUGAGGUGCCAGCCUGGAAUUUCUGCACCACUUCCAUGUUUUCAGAGUCCUGCUGGCCGCCUUUAAAGGGUGCAGGGAACAGAGGUCCUUGUGGGGCUGUCACUUGUCCUGGUCUUGGGCUGGAGACAGGUUGGAGCUGUAAUCAGGGACUCUGUGAAGCUGUUUCCACUUCCAUCCAGCCCCUCAGCAGCAGCUGCCAUCUGGAUUUACCCCUUGCAGAGUGUGACAUUCCAUCCCUGCUUCCCUCUCAGUCCUUGGAGGCCUUUCCUAAGAGGAGGAAACCAAGUGACAGAUCUGAGACUCCUUGGGGUGUUCAGCACGAUCCCAUUUCCCCAGGAGGAACCAGCUGGAGCUGUCACUUCCUGCAGGGUGAGCAGUGCCAGGCCAGGGCAGGUGUUUUUGGGGUGGAUCCUGCUAAUAACAGCAGCUUUGAACACCUCAUGUGACAUUUCCACAAAGGACCAGUUCAGGUGUUCCUUCCAUUACUCUUUCAGUCUCUCCAUGUGUAUUUGGUACCCUCAUUUUAGGUCUGUUUGCACCAUUUGGAUCUUCCAGUACCUUUCCAGGUUUAGUUUUUCGGGCUAAACACAGGAGUACAAACGGACCUGCCUGUGCCUGGCCCUGGGCAGGCUGAGGCCUCACCAGCCACUGCUGCACUUUCCUUUCUCCUGGAUGGAUCAGGGUGUUUUUGGAGGCUCCAUGUGCAUGUUGGUCUGCAGGAUUCCUCCUCAUCCCAGCCAAAAGGAGCCAGGACCACGAGCUGUAACAGCCACCACCCGUGUGCGACAUGACUGACUACAGCAAUCUGCUCUGAAUUAAGCCAAAGCCAAUUUUCUGAAGUUUACAUCAUCCCUGUGUUAUCUUGGAGGCUUUCUGGGAUGCUCUGCUGCUGAUUCUGGCCCUUGGCAGGGUUAAUGGGAUCUGUGGGAGCGGGGUGAGAUCAGCUCUGUGGGUUUUGUUGUGUGCCUGGGAUGGGACCUGCAGCCCUGGCAGUGCUGGGAGAGGGGCCUGUGGUGGCAGUCAAUAAACAGCACUUGAGCAUGUUGCUGUCUGAACUCCCCAAGGAGCAGCUCGUGUUUCACCCCCUUGGAACUGCUGAUCUGUCUUUAAACAGCCGUUGGCCCUGUAUUGAUCUGUGGUUUUCUUGUCAUUGUACCUGGAACCGCUGGAAUAAAACAUUCCAGCCCAC